AUGAAGCAGUAUGCUAGUUACGCUACGACUUUUGCCUUCUUUGUACCAGAAUAUCAACCUGUUUCCCAUAACAUAGACUAUUACGCACAUCCUAAAUAUGAAUUCAGCUAUGGAGUCAAAGAUCCUCACACAGGGGACGACAAAGCCCAGCACGAAGAAAGAGAUGGAGAUGUGGUGAAGGGUUACUACACCCUUACUGAACCUGAUGGUACGAAACGUACUGUACAUUAUACAGCCGAUAAACAUAAUGGCUUCAAUGCAAUAGUGGAAAAAUCUGGACCUGCUGUUCAUCCAGAAGUUUAUGGGAAAGCCGUAUCAGCUGCCGUACCAACAUACUAUUACCGCUAG